AUGGCACACACGGAAAUUGAAUUGAAUGGGAAUGCUAAGAGCAAGAGAGCAUGCGAAACUUGUAAGAGGAGGAAGAAACGUUGUUCCGGUGGUUUACCUUGUGAGUACUGUGUAAAGAUUGGAAAUCCACAAGGAUGCGAGUAUAAGACGAGGUUGACGAAGAAGAAUGUGAAAGUUUCAGAGAGAUAUAUUGCUUCUUUGAAAUCUAAGAUUCGAAUAUUGGAGAACAGAUUAGCUACUUUAGAUGGGACUAAAGACAGUUCAAAACCGGUAGAGGAGUUCAUAGGUGAAGAGAACCCAUUAAUAGAGACUAUCACCAGCCCUUCCGAGGAAAAAGAGCAUCAGAGUCUUUUCCAAAAUAAUCACAUGAGAAGCUCUGAUCUGUUCGAUGUUAAGAUUUAUGAUAAGAGUGAACGAAAACUACAGAUGAAGUACUCAGGAGAUUCGGCAUGUUUAAACUUCUUGAGGAGAAUUCAGCACACUCUUUUGAGUUCAGCUGGAAUGGAAAAAUUAGAUCAAGACCUUACCACUAAGCAUAUUGAAUUUGCAGCACAAAUAACCUGGGAUUCAGUUUGGCAACUGGCGUCCGACAUUCCCCGAAUUCAGGAAGCUCGGCAGCUGAUCUCGGCAGCUGGUACUGUUAUUGGAUCUGAUUAUUUAUUCAUGGACAACAAUUACGGUGACGUUAUCGUUCCCAGCAUGUUUUACCGUAGUAGGGAACAAAUCGAACACGAAUACUCUGCUUUGAUGUUCGCAGAGGAACUGGCCCUUUUCUACUCUUACCUUGCUCUGGGAUACCUUUUCCAGCCAAGUAGACAUUCUAACGGUACCAUCAGAACAACAAACGGCUUCGCAUAUUUCGAAAAAUCAUUGCAAAUCCUUGGAACCUUAUUUAAGCAUUUCGAUCAAUGCAUUGGUCCCUCUCUUAUACAGGCUUUUCUCUACGUUGCUUAUUUCGGCCUUUCUGUCGAUAAAAGUGCAUUUGCAUAUGUCAUGGUCGGUAACGCAAUUAGGAUAGCUUUCACACUUGGCAUUCAUAAGACUUCUGCGACGCCAAAGAAUAAUAGAAUUUUUUGGCUCUGUUUCCUUUAUGAUAGAUUGCUUGCCAUACGCUUUGGUUUCCCGUUGUUGAUAAAUGAGAUAGAAAUAGAGAUACCUUCCUGCAGCUCAUUUGAUACCGAUUUCUUAUCGAUAUCCCUUGAGAAGUAUCAUUUCGAAGCACAAGUUUCCUUGGCAAAGAUUACUACUAAUAUCAUCAAGAGAAUAUACACGAAAAACAGUUCGUCAUUUGUUCAUAAUUGUCAUGCUGUCCUGAAAGAACUCAAAGAUUGGUUUGAUGGAUUACCCUCAGAACUAAAGUUCGACUACAAUAACUUCAGUCUUGAAACUUCCAGACCAACCGUGAAUUUACACAUCAACUACAAUUACUUAAUCAUACUCACCACCAGAUCUGUUGUGUUUUAUGUCUUCAACAAACUAGUGUCUAGUGGGAAAACAACAGACGAACUGUUUGCCAAGAACUUGAGGGAGAUCAUAAUUGUACUUUUCGAAGCCAGCAUCAAUGCUGCCCAGAUUCAGAGCGUGAUAUUGACUAGACUAUACUAUGCUGGUAGAAUGAUGAAUCGAUCUUUUUUGGACUGCCACUACAUAUUCAACUCAAGUGUAGUCCUCAUAUUAGCAGCCUUCAUACAGUCGCUUCCCAAUUACCUGCUUAAUGAAAGCAGUGAUGUUAAUAUUUUGUUCAGCCGGGUUCAAGAUAAUCUUGACGUUUUACAACGUAUUUCUCAGUACAAUGUGGCAGGAUUCAAUUUCAAUAAGCAACUAACUGAACUAAUAGAACUUAUUAGCUGCGAACAAGUUCAGAAAAUGUACAACGGUAAUAUGCAAAGACAUUCUCUCAACGCGACUAGCGCAAUAGAAACUUUUACAAUUGCUUUAAAGUCACCAUCUGUUGAGGAAAAGAACAAUUCAUAUGAGGGCCAGGAGCUAUUAAGCCAUAUGGAUUUAUCAGAAGUUCUAGAAUUGAUGACAUCAAGCAACGGCUAUCCAAACUCUGGAACUUCUCACUUUGAUGAGGAUGAUUUCCUCAAGUUUUCAAACUUCAUGCUGUGA